GAUCGCUAGUUUAAGCGCCGGGUGUCAGUACCCCAGAGGAAGGAGUCGCUGAGGAAACAUGGCAAUGAAUGUGAAGCUAACGCCUGAUGCUGUGGAUAAGUGUAACCGGUUUGUGCUACUUGCCUGGCUCAAUGAAUCCUUGCAGACCAAAUUUACACAGGUGGAGGAAAUAUGCUCAGGUGCUGUGUAUUGCCAGCUGAUGGACUGGCUCUACCCCGAAUCUCUGGACCUGGCACUAGUGAAGUUCCAGGCUCAGGAGGAGGCCGACUUUAUCCACAACUACAGCCUAUUACAGGCCAGCUUCACCAAGAUGGGAGUGACCAAAUCUGUCCCAGUGGAGGACCUGAUCAAGGGGAAGUUCCGUGACAACUUCACCUUCCUAAAAUGGUUCAAGAAGUUUUUCGACGUAAAUUUCUGUGGCCAGAUCUACUGCCCCCUGGAGGCCCGUGAUGGCCAAAGCAUCCUGGCUGUGAAGGUGUACGGCUCUGUUCCCCUAACCAGGAGUCUCCUGGAGGACCCAGCGCUGAAGCUGAAGUCCAUAUUGGACUCCAAGGAGGAGACCCCGAGCAAGACCAGGAAGCGCAUCGUCUUCCAGGACAGCUGGCAGGAGAACUACAGCUGGGCGGAGCCCAGCAAGCUGGGCGACACCUACGCCCACUGUCCGCUGUGCAACAUCAACCUCAACGUCAACCACAGCGGAAUACUGGACCUGAAACGCCACAACCAGAGCAAGAGGCACCGCCUGAACGCCAAGGAGGUGGGGAACCCCACGCCCCCGGAUUCGCCUCCCUGCAGCGAAACCACGCUGAGGUUGAUCGAGAAGUACAGCGGCGGCUCGGACGCGCUGAGGAAGGGGCGCGGCGGUGAUGAGGGCGGGGUCUCGGCCGCGGCCGCUCGCUCCGUGCUGGGGUCGGGCUACCCAGCUGACCUGGCGUCGGCGUGCGCAGAGACGCCGUACUGCGUGUACCUGUAUCGCGGGGUGCAGCUGCAGGGCGGGGCCUCCACCUGCUGCGCUGUGCUGCUGGGGUUCUUCGACGAGGCCGCCGGGCGGAGGCGGGUGCGGCUGCUGGACGCGGUGCGGCCAGAGGCGGGCGAGGACAGCGACGUGGUUGCCGCGGUUUCCGCCAGCCUGGCGGAGACGCUGAAGCGCUUCCAGAUCCCCGCUCACAAAAUGGCCGCCCUCUACGUGGACGGCGAGGCGGAGAGCGCGGCGCAGAUCAGCGAGCGGGUGCAGGAGCUCAGCCCCAAAGCGGUGCCCGUGGCCGGGCUCUACGGGCUGGCCGAUCGGGCGUGCCAGGUGGGCGUGGCGGCACUGACGGGCCCCAUCCCCAAGCUCCUCGCCGACAUUCACCGCCACUACUCCUCUGCCUGCGCCGCCGCCAACGACAACCUUAAGGAGCUGUUUGCCCACACGGGGGCGCUGCCGGAGCUCUCCGGCCACUGCCUCUCCUUCGCUGGGGUCGUGCAGAAGAUGCCGGAAAUGUGGCCCGACCUGGUCUCCUAUUUCGCGUCCUGCGAGCCCGAAGACGAGGGGGCGGGGCCGAUCCGGGCGCGUCUGGAGGAGCCGGAGAGCAGGGCGAUGCUGAGCUUCCUGGGCCACGCCCUGGAGCCGCUGCGCGCCUUCCAGGAGCUGCUGGAGGGGGGCGGGGAGGACGGGUGGCGGGCAGAUCUGCCCCACAUCCUUUGGGUCGCCAGCGGCCUCCUGCGGCGGUAUGCCACCCGCUUGCUGCGCCCGCACGCCAUGGUCAAGUACCUGAAGGAGCGAGACCCCGCCAUGCUGGCAAACAGGAAGCUCCGUCUCCCGCAGGCGGAGCUGGACGUGGGCCUGGCUGCCCGGGAGUUCCUGAGCGGGGACGGUUUUGCCGAGGAGGCCCUGGCCUUCUAUUCGGCGGUGAUGGGCGCGGUGGCGGACAGCCUGCCGCUGAGCGACGGGCUCCUGCGCGACAUGGCCUGCCUCUUGAGCCCCACCCGCCGCCUGCAGCUCAGCCCCAAGGUGGUGGGGGGCCUGGGGGCCCAGCUGGGUCUCUGUGGGACCCCUGACCUGGCCACACAGCUCACGCAGCAGUUCCAGGAGUUCCAGCUGGCCGAGAGGGAGGAGUCUCCCAAGGACCUGCCCUUGGAGCAGGACUGGGGGGCGGCGCUGAAGAACAUGGGACGGGACUCCAUCUACCGGAAACUCAUCCUGACACUCCUGGCCCUGCCCUGUCCACCCCUGGACCUGCAGAGCGUUUUCUCUCAGGCCUUGGAGAAUGGAGAUUCCGUCCUACUGGAUGAGGUGACCGAGAGCGAGCUGGACCUGACCAAUGACAGUACUCUGUCCGACGCCACGCCUUCCUCUCCCCUCCAAAAUGGAGGCACCAAGGUGGGACCAGACAGCUCCUCAAGCAGCUCUGCAGAGGUGCCCGGCUUGGCAGACGCAGUGAAGCCGUGUGCUGUGGUGCUGGAGAAGAUACCGAAGGCAGACUCAAAGGCGUCUGAGACGUUCUUCAUUGAGGAUGACAUCAUCUGGUCCAGCUCCUGUGAGGAGGGCUCCGUUAGGGGGAUUUGUGGAUGGGAGAGAAGUCUCCGACAGAAGCCUCAGGCUCGAACCGUGUUUCAGGCAGGGGUUGGGACCUGGGGGAAGCCGCAGAGCCUCGAGAAGGACACAAAUGCCCCCAAAACAGCCCCUGCUGGGUCAACUCAAGAGAGUUCCAUAACAUCCACCCCGAAGGCAGCCACUCCAAGCCCAAAACGCUCUAAGAAGACCUAUCCGUACCAGGAUGAGAAGGGGUUUUGCAUGGGAGAGCUGGUUUGGGGGAAGGUGAAGGGUUUCUCCUGGUGGCCAGGGCUGGUCGUGGGGUGGAAAUCCAAGCAGGUUCCCCUGGGCAUGCGCCGGGUGGAGUGGUUCGGAGAUGGAAUGUUCUCAGAGAUCUACACAGAGCGUCUCCUGCCAUUCGCUGCCUUUGCCAAGUGUUUCUGUUCCAACUCCUUUGCCAGCCUGCCUGCAUACAAGGAAGCGAUCUACCAGAUCCUCGAGCUGGCAGUGGACAGGUGUGGAAAGGUGUUCCCACCAGGGAAGGAUGGGGGGAAGGAUGAGGAGAUAAAAGUGAUGAUGGACUGGGCCUUCGGGGGAUUCGAACCCAGCGGACCCGACGGCUUCCAGCCACCUGUGGAGGCCAGCGAGUCCCUGGAAACUUCUCUGGCUGAAUACCAGCCUCCCGCCAAGAGGAAGUACUUGCAUAAGAACAAAGCUAGUCCUGACCAGGACUUCAGCAGAGACCAAAUGGUGCAGGAAGUGCAAAAGAGGGGCAAGAGCAUUGAAGAUUUCUGCCUUUGCUGUGGGAGCGUGUACGUAGAGAUCUUCCACCCGCUCUUCGAGGGAGGCUUAUGCCUCAAAUGCAAGGACAACUUCACAGAGACGCUGUACCGCUACGAUGAUGAUGGGUACCAGUCAUACUGCACCGUGUGCUGUGCGGGCCUGGAGGUCAUCCUGUGUGGAAAUAACAGUUGUUGCCGGUGUUACUGUAAGGACUGCCUGAACUCUCUGGUGGGCCCCGGGACCUUUGAGCAGCUGAAGGACGUGGACCCCUGGAGCUGCUACCUGUGCCUGCCGUCCCAGCGAUACGGGCUGCUGAGACGCCGGCCCGACUGGAGCGUGCGCGUGCAGGAGUUCUUCGCCAACGAGAGCGCCAUGGAAUUCGAGCCCCACAGAGUGUACCCCUCCAUCCCUGCUAACCAGCGGAGGCCCAUUAAGGUGUUGUCCCUUUUUGACGGCAUUGCCACAGGCUACCUGGUUUUGCGUGACCUGGGCUUCAAGGUGGAAAGGUACAUUGCCUCAGAGAUCUGUGAGGACUCCAUCGCUGUGGGGAUGAUCAAACACGAGGGCAAAAUUGAGCAUGUCAACGAUGUGCGGACCAUAACCAGGAAGCACAUUGCUGAGUGGGGCCCCUUUGACCUUCUGAUUGGCGGGAGUCCAUGCAAUGACCUCUCCAUGGUGAAUCCAGCGCGGAAGGGCCUUUUUGAGGGCACCGGCAGGCUGUUUUUUGAAUACUACCGAAUGCUGACAAUGAUGAGGCCGAAGGAGGACGAUCCCCGCCCCUUCUUCUGGCUGUUUGAGAAUGUGGUCGCCAUGGGCAGCCGCGACAAGGCCGACAUCUGCCGCUUUCUGGAGUGUAACCCGAUUCUGAUUGAUGCGGUGAAAGUGAGCCCAGCCCACAGGGCUCGGUACUUCUGGGGAAACCUGCCAGGGAUGAACAGGCCCCUUGCUACGUCCCUCACCGACUGCUGCAACCUUCAGGGCUGCCUUGAGAUCGGGCGACUAGCCAAGUUUGAGAAAGUGCGCACCAUCACCACUAAAUCCAACUCCAUCCGACAGGGCAAGUCCGAGACUCUACCCGUCACUAUGAACGGGAAGGACGACUAUCUGUGGUGUACAGAGAUAGAGAGGAUUUUUGGUUUUCCCAAACAUUACACCGAUGUGAACAACAUGGGGCGAGGUCAGCGUCAGAAGGUUCUGGGGCGGUCCUGGAGUGUCCCCGUGAUCCGACACCUGUUUGCCCCUCUGAAGGACUACUUUGCCUGCGAAUAAGGGAGGACAUCCUCACCCUUCCAACCUUCUCCUAUCCCUACCCCCAGUCGGUUGCUUGGCAAUAGCAGCACCAGCAAUGAUUGGUUGGAAUGCAGCCUCACUUAGCAGCCAUAUUUCAGGCCUGCCUUGCAUCUGCAUGUUGACGACCAUGCACCUAACUGAGAUAAGUGAGCACAGAUCAUCCCCUGAUUGCAUGGGAGGAGAGUUGCUUGUUAUUCGCUUGUCCCGUACGUAGGGAAAUCCAUCUCCUAGGUCUUGAUUGGGUCGGCGAAUCACCCGCUGCUUUCAAUUGCUCAGCACUUUGUGCAUGAUUAUCUCAGUUUAGAAUCCCGUCAUCACCAUGCGUGCUAGCAGGCCUUAUGUAUGGCCUAUAAGCAAGGCAGUGUCAACGGGGGGUGAGGCAAAAACGAAUCCCCUCCCUUUCAGCCUUUUGAACUUAAAUUAAUGAAUUAAAUUAAACUUCUCACAAACCUCCACAGGCACUCAGGGCUCACAGAAAAACCUUGCUCUACCUUUUAAACGUGAUUUUAAUGAAUCGGCACAUUUUAAAUGGCUCGUGAUUCCAUUUUGUUAUCUAUAGAUGGGGUCUCACUGCCUCUCUGGUCUAGUCCGUAAGACAGCGACACUUCCAUACACUACCUGGCCAAAAAAAAAGUCGCACACUCUAAUAUUUCGUUGGACCGCCUUUAGCUUUGAUUACAGUGCGCAUUCAUCGUGGCAUUGUUUCAACAACCUUAUGCAAUGUCACAACAUGUAUUUCUGUCCAGAAUUGCAUUAAUUUUUGGCCGAGAUCUUAUAUUGAUGACGUGAGAGUCAAACUACUCUAUAAAGUCUUCUCCAGCACAUCCCAAAGACUUUCAGUGGGGUUAAGGUCAGGACUCUGUGGUGGCCAAUUCAUGUGUGAAAAUGAUUCCUCAUGCUCCC